AUGAGGCUCUCCCUGGCCCACGCGCCGGUCCGGCUCGCUCUGUGGCUGCCGUGGGCCACGGUGACGGUGGCGUCUCUGUUGCUGUCGGACAACCUGACGGGCUUCCACGGCGACGAGAGCGGCGGCACGCACCGCGUGAGCAGCGGGCUCAUGCAGUGCGGCGAGUACAGCAACGAGGUGAUGCCCAACGGCCAGUGCCGCCUGAUGGCCACGCUGCCGCAGCUGGCUGAGCAGCGCUGCCCGGACAUGUUCCGCUGCACGGACGAGGUCUCGUACUGGCUGCGCGAGAACGAGGAGCGCAAGCAGCAGGUGCAGGACCUGAAGGAGACCAUCUCUGAGCUGCUGGAGGAGCUGCGCAGCCACCGCCACCGCAUCAAGGUGCUCGAGAUGCAACACCAGGCGCGGACGGGCUGGAACGCGUCGCUGGAGCAGCGCUUCCACACGCUGGAGGAGAGCUACACGGAGGCCACGGCUCUGCUGCAGGUGCACGGCUCGCUCAUCUACGACAUGCAGCGGCAGGUGCGCAACCUGUCCAUGGUGGUGGAGCGUGUGCGCCGCAACCCGGGCUGCAUGAUCAACAUCGUCCGCACCAGCCCGCUGCUUAACGCCCAUGAGGUGCUCCACCCAGAGGUGCAGCACAUACGGAACUGUCCCAUCGACUGUGCCUCGCUGUACUACAAUGGGGUGCACAGGUCUGGGGUCUUCACCAUUGUCCCUUCACGAGAGGGCACACCUCUGGAGGUCUACUGCGACAUGGAGACUGAAGGUGGUGGAUGGACGGUGAUCCAGAGGAGGCAGGACGGGAAGGUGAACUUCAACCGCAAGUGGAACGAGUAUAAGAACGGCUUUGGGGACCUGCACACUGAGUUCUGGCUGGGAAACGACCACAUCCACGACCUCUCCAGUCAGGGAGCCUAUUCACUGCGUAUCGACCUGGAGGACUGGAACGGCAAGCACAAGCAUGCCUAUUAUGAGAGCUUCAGUACUGAGGAUGAAGAGCACCAGUAUCGUCUGCAUGUGACUGGCUUCAGUGGCACAGUAGAGGACUCGUUCGCCUGGUACCAUGACAAGCAGAGCUUCAGCACACCUGACACAGGCAACAUCUGCGCUGAGAUCUCCCACGGAGGAUGGUGGUACAACCAGUGCUUCUUCACCAACUUAAAUGGAGUUUACUACAAGGGGGGGCGCUACUCUGCUAAAAGCAAGAAUCUGCUGGGCCCUGAUGGCAUCGUGUGGUACACCUGGAAGGACUCAGACUACUACUCACUGAAGAAGGUGAGCAUGAUGAUUCGCCCGCGGACAUUCAGGCCUCGCCUUUCUCCUUGA